CACAAAUUUGUAUAGUAUGUUUAUUUGUUUUCUUGAAAUAGUAUUAUAUGUACUCUCUAAGUGAUAUGAUAAGAUCAAGAAUUUAUUGCUGAAAAAAAAUAUAUUUUUUUUAUCAGCAGUAGAAACGGGUUUGGGAGGGCCUGUAUGGGAAAUCUUUGGUAACCACGCUUUAGAAGAACUGUCAUGGCGGAUGGUCGAAACUCGAUCAAAACAACAACAUGGCGAACAAACGGCUUUCUACCCAUAAUCAAAGUCCAACAGAGACCUGGACAGAUGAUCUUCCUGUUUGUAAAAUAUCAGGUGUUGGUUUCCUGACAAACCAGCGAUACCGUGAAGAUGGUGGUAGGAGAGAAGAGCAUGAGUUUGAAGAUCGAAGUUUCCAUUUUAAUGUUGAUAACACAUGUCUUUAUGGGGUGUUUGAUGGCCAUGAUGGAGCGUCAGUUGCAGAUUUUGCUGCACAGAGACUUCCUGCUGAGCUAUUGCUUCAGCAAUUAACAGAUGAUAUGACAGACGAAGAAGUGCAGCUAGUUCUGCGACAGGCAUUCUUCGCUGUAGAGAAAGGUUUUUUUCAGUCAAUAGAUGAUGCACUGGCAGAGAGGACAGAGCUGCAGUUGCAAAUUCCUGAGGGCCUGAGUUCCUAUGAGGCGUACAAGCAGUACCCACGUCAGGUGGAGCGGAUUCAGGAGUUGCAGGAACACAUCUCUGGUGGCACUACCGCUGUUGUUGCUCUUAUAUUCAAUAACAAACUAUAUGUCGCUAAUGCAGGAGAUUCUAGAGCUUUGCUUUGUAAGCAGUUAGAAGACUCAUCGCUUCAGGUUCAACAGUUAAGUAAAGACCAUGACACGCAGAAUGAGGAGGAGCUACUCCGCCUGGCACGCCUUGGCCUGGACAUCGUCCAGAUCCAGAGAAACCGCCGCAUUGGCAGCCAAGAGAACACCCGUAGCAUUGGUGAUUACUGUGUCAAGGGAGGGUACAAGGACUUUGAUAUACUAAGCCACUCUGCUGAGGAACCGGUGAUCGCGGACCCUCAUAUCGUGGGCGGAUUUCCCAUCGAUGGCGCAUUUUAUGCCCUCGUUCUCAUGUCUGACGGAGUGUACAAAUGCUUGGAAGAGGCAACUGGGACCGAGACAUCCAAUCUUGACAUCAUGUGUAUGGUGGCAACCGAAAUGCAACAACAGACCACUCUGAAUGGCGUGGCCCAGGCCGUGGUUGACAAAGUCGGGCGUUACCAUCACGACAAGUACAUGGAACAAUUCAACACGUGCCAAAAGAGAGACGACAUGACGUUACUCGUGCGAGUGUUUAGCGAGAAGGUGGCGGCAAACAUGAAGAGCCCAAGGGCAAGCGGCAGGCAACCGGUGGCAGCGUAUCCCCCGAUGAAUCCUGGUGUUCUGCCCGUCUCAGUGCCCUUCAACCCCCACAAGAACACCACCGGCAGUGUCCAGCCCCUCCGUAUCCCCAUUCCGCCCCAGCCAUCGACCCCACCCAAGCCAGAUUCCCAACAGGAUAACUCAAACCCAGGCUCCACUACAUCCACUCCGACAAAUCCCACCACAGCCGGCCCAUUCAACGUGUUCUCGAGUUCUGACCAAUCAUCGCCGAGCGUCUCGCCCUCUACGGCGAAGCCCGCGGAAAUCAGUAGUCACGUGGUUGUCCCCGAGCUCCGCCCUGUUGAAGACUCUAAAGAAGGAGAUGAUGAGGAAAUGGUGGAACCUUAUGUGGACUUUACGGAUUUUUUCAAAAUCGUAGCGGAGCUCGGUGAAGAUAAGGUAUAUAGGGUUUGUAUGGAGGAGUCGUAACUCAGGCGUCAAUCAAUUUGAGCGAAGUAGACCUUAAAACAAGAUUAUAGAUUUAUCAAAUAUUGGCGAAGUGGACUUUGUUUUCGGAUAUUGCGUCGUUUAGGUGACGUGUCGAAGCGUGGAAGUGGCGUCACUGCAACAGUCACAGUCACGCCCGCAAUUCCGUUAUACAGUGCCGUGACAAGCAGAUAGAGUGUUAGGUAGCGUGACACGAGCGUGACAGUGGCGUUACCAAAACAGUAUACAAGGGCGAAGUCACGUCUGCAAUAGACCGUUUUCACGAUGUUGCGUGCGAGUCCAAAAUGCCACACACUGGCGUGACAUGCCAGGUGGCGUGACAUGAGCGUGACAGUGGCGUGACUGUGCGUAUACGUGCACAGUCACGUCUGCAAUUCCGUUAACAGUGCCGUGACUACCAGUUCUAUCUCUAACGACCGUGAAACGGCCCAUCGCUUUGGUCGCAUUUAUCGUAAGGGAUGUCCCAUCGAGUGUUUCAUAGUCGUAACGGUUGGGAGGAAUUUUUUGCAGACGACUGUUACGGCCGAUACGACUGUUACGACUAUAUGGAAACUAGGCUUAAAGGGUCCAUGAAUUCUGGUCCAAACCUAGUUCUAGGUAUCUUACCCGUGUUUUAUUGGGAUUCCUGUAAGAGUUGGGACGUCACAGGACGGCUCGUCCAGGCCCCAUGCUGCCUCACGGUCCACCCAAAAGGACAGGAAACCCGGAAAGAAAGCCUUAGACUAGGCUACACUUAAUAAUAUUAAUUGUCUCACUGCCAUUGUUGAAUAGGAAUAAACGUAGUAAAUAAUAGAAUUCCCAGUUUUCAAUCUGUGGUACAUACGACUUGGCGGUAAAAUGUUUCAGAUGAGCUCAUUUCACAUCAAAUAAGGUUAAGAAUUAGUUAAGUACUUGUCGAGUAAAAACAAAUAAAAUAUCAAAUGCGGUCUUUGUACAAUA